UCGGGGCUGCUGUCCGCUGAAGUUCCCUCCCAUCCGCCUCUCACAUCAUCCUGCCAACCAGAGGUUACACCAGCCGGGCUGUGCGGCCGCAAAAAUGUGAUUAGCUGCUAAAUACUACAGGUUUUUAGGUGUCGGAGAGCCCGUGUGGUUACGUACGGACACGCACCGAGUGGGGAAGGAGAACCGUAUGCGACGGAUCAGCUGCGAUAUUCAGUCGGUUUAUUCUGGAGGUUGUCGGACGGGACAGCGGAGCAUCGACUGAGCUGCUUCCAGGCGCAUUGCUCUACCUCCAUCCCAGAGAUGCUGCCCUGCCUGCGGAGAGUCCUACGGCCCGCCCUGUCUCUGAGAGCCCGGACUGGGGUGGCCGCAGCCGGACUCAGCAGCCAGCAGACGGCCGCUGUAGCCGCAGCUCCUCCGGGCCGAUUCUCAUGUGAGCCCGGCUCCUUCAUGCUGGUGCAGCGGCGUAACCUGGGAACUCACCCCCUGAAGGAGCCCGUGGAGCCCCUCAACUCACCCCGAGGAGCCAAGGAGUUUAUUUACAGCCUUCAUCCGUCUGAGCGCAGCUGUCUGCUGAGGGAACUGCACAGGUUCGAGUCCAUAGCCAUAGCUCAAGGGCAGCUGGAUAUUGCUCCACCAACUGCUGCACAAUUAAGAUAUGUUCUGCUGCACAAUGCACUCCCAUUUGUUGGAUUUGGAUUCCUGGACAACUGCAUCAUGAUUGUUGCUGGCACACAGAUUGAGUUGUCCAUUGGUGUGAUCCUAGGCAUUUCAACAAUGGCUGCUGCUGCACUUGGCAACCUGGUGUCUGAUCUGGCAGGACUAGGACUGGCAGGUUAUGUGGAGGCCCUGGCAUCUCGGUUGGGGAUGCAGAUUCCUGACCUGAGUCCGAAACAGGCUGACAUGUGGCAAACCAGGGUCAGCUCUCACACAGGUAAAGCCAUUGGUGUUGGCAUUGGCUGCAUCCUUGGCAUGUUUCCUCUUCUGUUCUUCAAGGAUGAGGAGAAGGAUGAGAAGAAAGACGGCCAGACAGAGAAGAAGGAGAAAACACAACCUCCUGCUGCAACAGAAAACAGCAAAAACUGAAACUAUCAACUUGCUGGCGACAGAUACUAUUUAGAAAACACUAGAUUACUCUGAGGUGGGACUGAUUGGCCUUGUGUGGUGAUGCGGAGUGUAUGGAAAUUAACUUCAUGCAGUCUAAUCAUCAGGCAAGGCUUGGCAAAAAACUAUCAAAGGUAGUCUGAAGAGGAUUAUAGAGACUAUUUUGAUUGUAGAAUUUAAGCACAGGGACCUGGCUGUCUCUUGAAGGGACGUUGAAGACCGUUAUGUUGCUGCUGCUCCAACUAUUGCACCCUAACCUCACGUUGUUUUUGACUGAUCGACACAAAACUGAAUCUCAUUUAUUUCUAAGUAACUCAUCUCUGCUCUGCUGAAUCUGUCCGAUGGAAUCAGCAUGUCUGUAUCUGCGUUUAGGCAAUUAGAUAUUAAACAGCACAGAUCAAGAGAGUGAAUGCUGUGCAAAAAAACAAAAAAAAAAAAAAGUGCAACGCAAGGGAAGACAUCUACAAAGAAUCUUACAAA